UCGGAGCGCAGCCGAGCCGAAAAAAACACAAAACACAACAAACAGAACAGUUAUUUUUUUGUGAUGGAAAACCUUUGUUUGAGAACUAAAAGGAUAAAUAACUGGUGUAUGACCAGCUUUCAUUUCAGUGAAAUAAUGUAACUAUUACGUACUACAAGGCAUUGUACUCAGAUUGCUCCUCUGUGAAUGAGCGUAUUCUGAUAAAACAACUGGAUCAUGACUGUAAAUCGCUUUGAUGCUCCCUUGGCACAGCUAGAAGUUGAACUGGAGAAAGCUCGAGUCAAACGCCGAUUACUAAGGGAGGCAGGUGAUACUCAAAUGGUGCACGUGUCUCAUAUCAAGACAAGUGAUAUGGAAUUAAACAAAAGUGUGUCUCCUGUGAGGUCACAUGAUGGACCGCCAAGGAAACAUCCAAUUCAAAGAGCACCCUCGAGAUUGUAUAGGACUGUCUUGCCAGUUCAAGGAAAUCCUCGUGCCAAGUACUGUUGCCCUAAUACAUGCAUUGGUCCUGAAUUUGUUGUGAAUUCUUCCAGUGCUGUCAAACAUAUACGCAUGACUGAUAUCAAGCAUUCAUCUCAGAUUAGACGUAUAACUGUUAUCCUCUUAAAUGGACGUAAAUUGAAAGUCAGCUGUAAUACUAAUUCUAUGACUACAGGACAACUUUUUGAGGUUGUUAUGAGUAGCGAAGCAGUAGAGGAUAAUUUCACUCUUGGAUUAGCAGUUUUGUUGGGAGGAGAUUUUGUCUUCCCUCCUGCUGACUUCCGCUUGAGUAAGGUUUCACCUGCAGGGUUGUGGGAUGAGUGUCGGCGACCCCAUACUGCCACUGUAUCAAGCCUAUUAGAACCGUUUGGAGGACAUCCACCCUUAACUAUGUAUGUGAGAACCAAAUUCUUUCUACCCACCUUGAGAGGGAUAAGAAGCUGGAAUUUAAAACAUCAAUUGUAUCUGCAACUGAGGCGUUGUAUGUUAGAGCAGCAGCUUCGCUGUCCUAGUAAGAUUCAGCUAUUUGUUCUCAUGGGGUAUGCUCUCCAGGCCGAAUUUGGAGAUUUCACUGAAAAGGAGCAUGGAUGUGGAGACUAUUUUCUUCUGGAGCAUUAUCUCCCUGACAGUGAAUCUAUUGAAGAGACAAUUGCAAGAAAAGAGUUGCAGCUAGCACACCAAGAACGUUGUGGUCUGGACCCUGGUAGAGCUGAAGAAAUGUUCAUAUCCCUUGCACAACAGUUCUCUGAAUAUGGUACACAUUUUUAUGCCGCAAGUUGUGCUCAGAAAUCUGGCAAAGAUGUACCAGUUUGGCUUGCAAUCUCUGCUCAUGGUAUUAGUCUUCAUGAAUGGCGAGCAGGAGCUGUACAACGACCAAUUAUGCAUACCUAUCAGUGGAAAGAUAUUCGCAAAUUGAGUUACAGUCGUCAGCAAUUCUGUUUACAGCCUUCUAGUGGGAAAAGAAUUAAGCUACGAAUGGAUCUUCGCAAGAGUUACUUUACCUUUAGACUCGCUUCAAUGCAACAUCAGUUCUUUUUAAAGUAUAGAGCUGAGUUAAGUUCUCUCCAAUCAGUUGCAGCUGAAUUUGGGGUUCCAAUAAGGAAAAAUAAUCUAUCAUACAUUGAAAGUCAAGAGCCACAGGAUGUGGUACCAAAACCUGUACAGUCAGACAUUAAAUCAGUCCUUGGUGCUGUGCUUGGGCCAGCAAAGUCACGUCAAGUUGUCAAUUUGCCAAGUCCUCCAAAAUCUACCUGCCGGUUCAGCCAAUUAGCUAGUAUAUUGGGAGCUGCUGUAGCAAGUAACUCAGAAAACAUUGAAGAAAUUCAGAACAAAGAAAAUGAACUACCAACGUGGGCUUCCAGACCUAUGCACCAGCGUUGUGGUUCAUACGAUUCUAUAGGACUUCUUCGGGAUACUAGGCAUGAUACGAGAAGGAUGGCAACAUCGCCACAGAGCAAUCAUGCUUCUGUUUCCCCAGCCUCCACUAUUUCACGAACAUCUGUUCAGACCUAUUAUGGUGUGCCUAGUAGUGAAAAUCGUACUCCUAGUUUCCCAAGGCGUUCUGGAGUAAGGAUGGGCACUAGAGCGUAUUCUCUGGGCAAUAGUUGUCAGACUCUUGCAGGUACAUCCGAACACUAUCGCACAGCCAGUACUAGUGGCACUCCUUGCGGUACUAGAACUCCUUCUGAAUGCUCAGCCCCUUCAUCUCCUUUUGCAGAAGCCUAUGUGAUAAAUUCAAGUAUUAAAUCAGUUGAAGAACACUUUCAAAUGGAUUCCCACGAGUCCAUUAGUGAUUCACUCGCAGAAAAGAUGGGCAAUGUUUCUUUCGAAGAAGAACGCGUCCUCCGAACUAUUAGGUUACAGAGAGACAGACUUGGCAGUUUAGGUAUUGAAAUAACUGAGGGAGAGGAUGGUGGAGUGUACAUUCAAUCUGUUCAAAGAGGAGGAGCAGCUGCAAAGUUGGGCUCAAUUCAUAGAGGUGAUAGACUAAUAGCUGUAGAUGGGCACUGCUUAUUAAAUCGUAGGUAUGAAGAGGCCUUACGUUUUAUGCGUUCCAGUGGAGAAGAAGUUGAAUUAGUUUUGUCUCAAGCAACACAUGUUUCUAGCGAAGAAAAUCAGCCCACUGACUUUCAUCAAAAUGGCCUUCUUAGGCUUGCUGAGUGUAACAUAAAAAACACCCCUGUAGAAGAAACGUACUUGCGAGAUAUAAGAUACCGCACUGAAGAUUGUCCAACUCCUCAACACAUUAUGAUGCCAAAGUCCCUGCGUCAGCCUGAAGUAGCAGCUCUUCCUAACCCAAGCAAGUGGACAGCUCAUAAGAAGUAUCCAGCCCCAAAGCCCCCUCACAUGAGGAAUGUAUGUUGCAUUGCCCCUGUCCCUGAAGACUGUUCUGAUGUUCUUGACUGUACUAUUUGAUCAGAUAUUCUUUGCUAAAGGUGAGAAUAUUUAUCAUUCAUGGCACCACUCAAAAAGCUCAGAGAUGAAGACUGUUAUAUUUAAAAUAGAAAAACACAAAGAAAACAAACUAAUUGUGUGAUAUUCAUUCUGAAGUUUUUGAACUUGUGUUGUUGUGGAUAUUUCAGUUUCAUGCUUCUCUUGCUUUUCCUAAGUUGUGUAUUUGUUGUUUCUGAAUUUUUGAUCGUACUACUUACUUCUCUAACUGUUAUUACUUUUCUUAUCAAUGGAAUGUAGGAAACUUCUUGUCGUGUCUUUUUCCCAUUGCUAUGACAAUACUGAAUGCACCUAGUAGUUACCAAUAAUAUUCGUCCAAUUUUGUAUAUAGACUUUUGCUGCCUUUAGCACUAGAUGCACGUUUUUUAAACUAGUGUGCAUUGCCUAAUAAAUUCUAAGUUCAACUUUGAAUUUCAACCUGAUGCAUGGUCUGCUCACAGUGAAAACUGUGCAAAUUGGCUGCAAGUGAAGUUUGCUUUGAAAGAAAGAUAAGAAUUAAACAUGGGCCGAAAAAACAAAGCCUAUAAAAUUCCCGCCCGGCGCCAGCGGCGCCAGCGCCGGCGGCAACAGUAAGUCAAACUACAUUAUUUCAUUCAAAAUUUUAAAGAACUGAUAGUGACAGCCAUGGGGACAGCAGGCAAAGAUUGAACGGCGGCUUUAUGGAGUUAACCAAUGAAUCGAACAAUGCCAAUUAUGUCACAUAUAUGAUCAUGUUCUUAUCGUACUUUUUUUAUCACCUAAGAAAUUUUUUUUGUCCUACAUCUAUUGUUCAUGUCAUUAUAGACAUCACUUUUAGCUAAUUUGAAAUGUUGUUGAAGGUAUUUAUUAUUUGAAUCAUAACACACAGCAUAUUAACAUUUUAUGAUCUUUAUGUUGUGUGCUGUGCAUCAAAUAAAAAAUUUCAAAUUUUAUGCUGGUGGUAUCUAGCUCAAUUUUACCAGUUCCAAGUGUGAUAUUGAAUUGUUUACCAUGUCAAAAUGAGGUAAUAACUUUAACUUCUUUUAAGAUACUGUAUAAUGUUUUUAAGAGCGCUAUUCUUUGUGUAAGCAAUAAUGGGUGUGCUCAAUUCUGACAAAUAUGCACUGUCAAUAUAGAAGUAAACGUUCAAUAUCAAUUUAUUUAUAGCAAUAUCUUGUUGCUUAGAUUCAUAAUGCCAGUUAAAUCUAAUAUCAAUAUUUGUUUAAUUUUUUUAUGGAAUUUUCUUGAUAAGCUUAUCUUUUACCUGUUACAUUGUACUGAUCUCCAAUACAUUUUUGAGGAUGUAGAUUUGUUGUUCCUAUUUUCCAAUGUUUUUAUAUACAUAUGUUUAUGUAUAGUAUGAUUGUUGUCAAUGUGCUGCUGUUAAUUCAAUUGUGGUGUUAUAAGUUUUGUAUCGUUUACUUGCGGCUCUUGAAACUUGCACAACACCAAAUAAUAUGUCCUUGUAAUGUAAGGCCGGUAUUUGUUCUCAAAUAAACUUUUUUACCCUAGCAGAAA